AAACGUUUGAUUAAUAUAGUAAUGCGGCCAGUUAAAUAUGAAGUCUAUGAGAGCGGUUUUUCUCAUGAAUCAAAUCAUUGUGUUAAUUCGUCAUUGAUAGGUGUUCCUUUUGAAGGCGAAGCAUAUUCUGUAAUUCCCUUUGAAAACACAGUUGUGAAUCUCAAGCCGUAUCAGCACGCAAACACUCAAAGGAUACCAAGGCAAUUAGUCGCAAUAUAUCCACAUAUUUUUCUAUCUGAGACUGAACACGACUUCUGGAUCAGGGUUUUUGAUACUGAGGCUCUUUUGAAUCGAGCUCGACAUUGUUAUAAUUUGUGUGAAAAUGAAACUCGAGAUGCUCACCAUUUUUUUUCAAAUCAUUCGUCGAUUGUAGAAUAUUCAAAUCUCGAUGAUCUAGAAACAGAGUUAAAGCAGCUUUUAGAAUUAUCUACAUCUAUAGGUCUGGAAAAAGGAUCAUCUCCUAGUAUACAAGCUGAUACAAUGGAAAUUCUUUCCUUUUCUGAACUCACAAAUAGCGUCGAAACAUUAUUUAGUAUAUUACAGAAAAAUAUCAAGGAUAAGAGUGCAUGUUUUACUGCAGAACUAAUUUACAAUCAUUAUCCAAUUUCACUUCUUUUAGAUAAAUUUGAGGAAAUUAUUAAUUCUAUAGAACUUCACGUCAAUCUGUUUUGUACUACAGCUGCUUCAUUAUCAAGUAUUAUAGAUGAUAUCAACAAGGCUUAUAUGAUAUUUUGAAGGUGCUCGAAUGUCUUUAAUUUCUUUAUCCCGAAAGAAUUCAACUUUAU